AUGGUGCCUUACUCUUGGACAGUUGCGCUGGCCCUGUCUGCUUCUUUUAUCCCAACCCACGCACAGCUCUACGACAAAGUCAUACAAACACAAUAUGGCCCCGUCAAAGGAUACAAAUAUUUCAAUCAGUCCACGCUGGAAGAGAACUGGGGUGUCUCCGAGAGCAACGUCGCUGCGUUCUUAAGCAUUCCAUUUGCUGCUGACACCGCAUACGAGAACCGCUGGAAACCACCCCAGCCGCGCGAGCCCUGGAACGAGACUUAUAUCGCCGAUACCUGGGGCCCAGGAUGUCCUACCAGCUAUGCAACCGACUACAGCGAGGACUGUCUUACCGUUAACGUAUGGACCGGCGCUGAUUCUUCUUCCGACAAGCUCCCCGUCGUGGUAUACAACCAGGGGAGUGACGAGCCCAGCAACGACCCCGUAUACUACGGAGGUGGUCUCGCCCGUAAAGGAGUCGUCGCUGUGACCUUCAACCGCCGCGACGAUGUCUUUGGAUACCUUGCCCACCCCGAGCUGAACGCCGAGUCCGUCGAUAGGAACGGGCACAGCUCCUCUGGGAAUUACGGUAUCCUGGAUUUCCUGGAGCUCCUGCACUGGGUGCAGAGGAAUAUCGAGCACUUCGGUGGUGAUCCGAACCGCGUCACUAUUGUCGGACAAUCAUUCGGUUCUGCCCAGGUAUACCAUGCCGUCAACAGCAAGCUCUUCAGCGGUCUCUUCCACGCGGCCAUUGCCGAGAGUGGCGUGCGUUAUCCGUACGAUACCCUCCUCGCCGGGCUCGCAGACUCAUACGUGACAAUGCCCAAGGCCAUCGAGAACGGCCUCAACUACACCGCGGCACACAACGCGUCCUCUAUCGCUGAGCUGCGCCAGCUAUCCACAGACGAGAUCAUGAUCGGCUCAGGCGAUCGAACUACCUCCGACGACUACUGGUGGGUUACUGCCCUGUCGACCAUGUACCCUCUCAUCUACAAGCCCGUGCUAGAUGGGUACAUCCUGCCUGAGAAAUACAUCGACAGUCUGCGCAACGGCCCAGCAAACGACGUCCCCUUUAUAACAGGAAACAAUAAAGACGAGAGCGGCGCAGCUCUAUCAACAAACUACACCGCCGCAGAAUACAAGACCUACUGUACCUUGAAAUACGGCAAUCUCUCCCAGGAAUACUUCACGCUAUACCCCGGCAGAAACACGUCAGAGGCAAGUCGUGCCUGGAAUGCCGCUGCAAGAGAUACAUCGCUUGUCUCAUCGUGGGCGUUUGCGAGAGACUGGGCCAAGUCUGCUUCUAGCCCUUUCUAUACGUACUACUGGGACCAUGCUCCUCCUUCGCAAGGUCAGGGAGCAUACCAUGCGUCUGAGCUCUAUUAUGCCUUGGAUUCUCUGUAUGCGAGUUCGAAUGACCACGCGUGGACGUGGUAUGACUACCACGUUGCGGAAAUCAUGUCCAGCUACUGGGUGAAUUUUGCGAAGACGGGGAAUCCAAAUCUGGGUGGGACUUAUCCGUUUGAUAACCUGACGCACUGGGAGCCGGUGGAUGGGAAAUCGCAGACUGUGUUUCAUGUUGGGGAGGGAUUUGGCGAUGUUCCUUUGGCGAAACAUGGGCAGGUGGAUUUGAUUUUGAAGUACUUUGCUCAGCAGACUCCGUAUUAG